AUGGCGUCAUCAUCAUCGUCAACAUUGUCUUCUUCAAACAGAGAAGAAGAUCUGACAUCAGAAAAUGCUGAAUCGUCUGCUUCCAGUAGAGAACAGGUACCGUUAGCUAUUAAUAAUCAAGAACAAGUGAUGAACAAACGAAUUUUGAUUAAACAGGAAAUGGAAGAUGUCGCAAGGAGUACAAAUGUAACUGUUCAAUCGAAUGGUAAUGCUCUUCUUCGCCAAGGACAUUCGACUGUGAAUAAAGUCCUUGAAACAACAACAGAUGAAAGUCUACCAGACUCAAGUCCGAUUGAUCAAGCUGUUCUUCCUAUUACUAAUAGAAACAUCUCAGAAAACAAUACAACAACAGCCAGUAGCACUGUUGAACCGCAUAAUGCACCAACAACGCGUAUGCUGACGAUACAAUUUGCAUCAAAGUCAUUUUUACUUUCUGUUGCAUAUAUUCUAGAAUCUCAAACGAGUACUACAACUGAAGAAAAUAGUCAACAGCAAUCCCAGAAUCAAAAGCACAUUAUGAUAAGCUAUAAUCAAGCUACAGCAUCAAACGUUUGUCAGAAAAUCUAUGAUGGUCUAAAGGCAAGAAACUAUAAUGUAUGGUUCGACAAAAUACAUCUACAUGGUAGCAUACUUGAUGGAAUGGGAAAAGCAGUUGAUAAUUCAUCUAUUCUUAUUUUAUGCUUGAAUAAUGGAUACUCAAAUAGUGAAUUUUGUUUAAUGGAAGCCAAAUAUGCGACUGAAAGAAGAAUUCCAAUUAUUCCAUGCAUCAUGGAAGAAGGAUUUCGUCCGAUCGGUGGUCUUGGUAUUAUUAAUGAUUUUUUCACAUAUAAUCAACUUGUUCAUUUUAUUAUAUUGGAAAACGACUUUAGAAAAGUUCUUCAUCAACUUAUUCAAGAAUUUUCUCCAGAAACUUUGCAAUCGUUUCAAAAUAGCCAAUUCAAUGUUGUUGAAGAUGGGCAACAACAAGAAAGUGACAAUGAUCAUCUUAUACAACACCUUCUUCAAUGUAAUGAAAGUUUAGCAGAAGAUGUCCGAGUUCAACAAGAAAAUUAUGCCAAUAUGCGACAACAUCUUCUCGAUCGAGACGAAAGAUUAGCAGCAUUUGUGCGUUUUCAACGAAGGCAAGAACAAAAUAACGUUCAUCUUUUGCAACGCCAGACGAAUCAACAUGACCAAUUGACAUCGAUUGUUGGUGUUCAACAAGAACAACAACAAGAUAAUGCUUAUCUUCGGCAACAAUUUUUUAAUCAAAGCGAGCAAUUAGCGCAAAUAACUCGUAGACAACAAGAACAAGAGCGAAAUCAUGACAUCUCAAAGCAACUUCUACAACACGUUGAUCAAUUAACACAACUUUUUGUCAAUCAACAGCAGCAACAUGCCAGGAAUAUUGAGGCUUUGCAUCAACUAAUUAAUCGAUCAUACGAAAGAAAUGAAUCGUUAGAAACAAUUAUUGAUCAACAUUUAACACGGCAAGAUAGACAAGAAUCUACAGAAGUUUACUUUUUAUUCACUUUUAUUGAUCGAACGGUUUCAAACCAUGAUAGUCCUAUUAUUCAAUUAUCUGUUUAUCCAAAUUAUGGUUUUUCACCUGAAAAUAUUGAAGUUCGUUGUCAAAUAAUUGAACCAUCAAAAUAUGACAAUAUUUAUUUAUCAGUUAAAACAGAUUACAUUAAACCAUCAGGUAUAAUUCUUAUGGUUGAUAAUACUAUCAAUCGAUGUCGCACAAAUAAACAAGAAUAUCUGAGUGUUAAUAUUUGUAAUUCAUCAUUGAUACUUAUUUAUAUCAAUCAUACAAUUCUUAAUGAUACUCUUGAAAAAAUAGAUUAUUUUUAUCGUGUUGAAAUCGUAUCAAAUUUAAAAACACGUAUUGGAAACCAACAAGAUGAAGGCAAGGGCAAGAAAUGUUAG